CGUAUUCCACGUCACGGAAGUCGCAGACAUGAUCCAUUUGCAUCCUAAACCAAGCGGAUAACUUGUGUUGUCGGUCUUGUAAUGUUGUAAUACUUUACAUGAUAUAGACUCAGGACUGCAUUGGUCUAAAAGAGAGCCGAAAACUCUCGAAAUCGGAGGCGCUGAGUUGCUGGGCGAGCCCGCCUGCCGUUUUGCAGGCUAGCUCGCUAGUUAAGUAACGUUAGCCUGCAGCCUUGACGACGAACUGAGUAACUAAUCUCAAGACAGCCAUCGAGGCAGCCUGUAGUUAUUUCAUUUUACCGUCCUCUUGUAUUCCGUAGCCAUGGCAACUCGGCGACUAACCGAUGCCUUCUUAUUAAUGCGGAACAAUGCAAUCCAAAACCGGCAGAUUUUGGCUGAGCAAGUGAGUACAUACGACCCCCGUCGUACUCUGAAUACACGUAGCAAUGCUGCGGAGUUUGACGAGUUGGCUGAUGAUCGUAUGGCCCUGGUGUCAGGCAUCAGUUUGGAUCCAGAGGCUGCUAUCGGUGUCACGAAGAGACUCCCGCCUAAAUGGGUGGAGGGAGUGGAUGAGUUGCAAUAUGAAAUCACACGUAUUCGUCAAAAGAUGAAGGAACUGGCCAGUUUGCACGACAAACACAUGAACCGUCCCACGCUGGAUGACAGCAGUGAGGAGGAGCAUGCCAUCGAGAUCACUACACAGGAAGUUACACAGAUGUUUCACAGGUGCCAGCGGGCCGUGACGGGGCUGCAGACUCAGAGUCAUCACUGUACAGAGCAAGAAAACAGACUGUUGACCAAUGUGGUGUCUUCAUUGGCCCAGAGCCUUCAAGAACUGUCAAUCAACUUCAGACACACACAGUCAAGUUACCUAAAACGCAUGAAAAACCGUGAAGAAAGAUCCAAGCACUUUUUUGACUCUGGUCCUCUUGUGGAGGAAGAUGAAGAUAUCGCAUUAUAUGACAGAGGAUUUACAGAUGACCAGCUAGUUCUGGUUCAGCAGAACACAGUGAUAGUAGAAGAGCGAGAGAGAGAAAUUCGACAGAUCGUUCAAUCCAUCUCUGACCUUAAUGAGAUAUUUAGAGAUCUUGCUGGAAUGGUUGUUGAACAGGGCACAGUCCUCGACAGAAUCGACUUCAAUGUCGAGCAAGCUUGUGUCAAAACAGAAGAGGGGUUGCAGCAACUGCAAAAGGCUGAACAGUACCAGAAGAAAAACCGCAAGAUGUUGGUCAUUUUAAUUCUCUUUGUCAUAAUUGUUAUUCUAAUACUUGUUCUGUUUGGGACAAAGUUUAGUUGAAUCAUUCCAUGGCCUCUAGGAGGGAUCUACCUGUAUGUAUGUAUGAGAAAAAACGUGUGUGUGUGUGUGUGUGUGUGAGAGAGAGAGAGAGAGAGAGAGAGAGAAGGUCUGCAUGCUGACUUUCAAGACCAUUCCUGAGGGAGGAUUAAUUGUUGAACGGAUGGAAAAGUACUACACAACAAAAUGAAGCGUAUUAGGACGCCCACUGCUGGCCACCGAGUGCAGUGUCAGGAGACAGUUCAUGGGUUUAAUUCUCCAGUGAGAGGCAGUGUUAGUACCCAGGUUCCUUUCAGUUGGAACCAUCAGAGGGCCGGUUUUCUUCAUUUGUCCCGCACAAGCACAGCACUAAUGAGCAUGGCUGCAAGAUGGCAGCAUGUUUGUCUCAACCGCCCUUGUCAUCUAAUUUAAAGCGUGAACAGGGAAAAGAUAAGGUAUCCUCCUUGAACAUGAUCAUAUGUGCUUGGGUGAGUCUUCAAAAGAACGUCCAGGUCAUAUUUCACCACAAUAGAAAGCGAUAUGAAAUUAAAUACAGCAUUUCCUAAAUUUUUGGUUAAUUUUUCAUACCGGUACAUAAUUAAUUCAUCAUUAAUUUUUAAAGCAAAAAUUAAAAAGGACAGUUGCAGUAUUACAGUAUUUUUACUGUAACAAUUAUAAAAAUCUGAACAAUAAUGUAAAGGAAAGUUGAACAAAUUCACAACACAAACUUGUAAUUUGGGGAAAGAGUCCUACUUUCUUGGUUUCAGUGAGCAUCUACAGUGAAACCAUCUUACUGUGAAAGCUGCCUUUGAAUCAGAUCUUGCUCAUGGGUUAGGAUGUGUGUGUGUGUCUGUGUUUUUUUCGCAACUCAAUCUUUUGUAUGUUUGUGCGUGUGUGAGAGGAGAUGCACUGACACUCAAUCAACCAUGGAGGAAGUUGAAGACCGAGGAAUGAGGAACGCAUAGUCGAAGCAUGUUCUUUCUACAAAACUUUUAAUUAUGCAUUUUUAUUUCCAUUUGGUGAAAUGUAUUGCAUUGGGAUUAUGAGCGGUAAUGAAUGAACUGAAUGUUACAUUGUCCUUUAUGAGUGUUCAUAACAAAGCGCUAUUUUCUCUGCUCACGUCGGCGGAGGUGCAUCAUGUACCAUCAUGUGUUCGUCUAUGUUUUAAUGGCAGUGUUGUUGUCAUGAUAUCAGUAUCAUUUCAGUGAAAAGCAGGAGUGAUUCCUCGAGAUUUUUUGCUUCACUCUCUGUUCCUUGCCUUAAAAAGUGGACAUCUUUGUGUGAGCACUAAACUUGGAUGUUUUUUUAAAAGCUUUGCUUGUCCACGUUUCAUUGGUGUUGUCACAACCGUAUCUUUCAGACUUAAACUGAACUUUGACCUUCAGUCCCUGGCUGAAGCCCAGUCCGACUGACUUUACAACUACUGUCCCCUGUACAAGAUGAAAUUAUUUAUUUUAGAUGCAAAUACGUGUACAGAGUUUGAGUAAUAUUGUUGUCUGUUGGUAGCAAUGUCUGGAACCUGGGCUGUUUUUUGUUAUAUUGUAAUGAUGAUUUACUUUUUUCUGUCCUUUCGAAAAUCAAUUGUUGUUGGCUUUUGUAAAGGGUAGUUGCACCACUACUGUAUGAUGAUGGGGUAAAUGAUUACGUUGACUAAGAUCCACAGACAGUGUAUUCUUGUGUUUUAGAAGGUAAAGAGAAAAUAUGUCUGCACAUCCAAGGCUUAAAUCCAUUUCAUGUGGUUUUCUCCAUGGUUUUGGUGUGAAACCCAGUGUGAAUAUUAUAUUUUUCUGCCAUUACGGUACUACUGUAUGCUAUUUGAACCUUAUGUAAACAUGUUUUUAAUGAAAUUAAAACAAAUAUAUAUAUAUAUAAAGACAAA